UUAUUAAUAUCUUACUGGCUCCACUCUUCUCCGCUAAUUCCCCUAUCUCUCUAAUUUUCCCCGUAGCUUUAAAGAAACCUCGAUUUCCUUCCCCGCCAUAACUCUCCGACUCCACACUUAGGGUUUCCACCUUCUUUUCUUCUUCCAAUUAUUCUUGCGUUCUCUCUGAUCUCUGCAACUCUUCUUCCACUGCUUGCUUUCUUUCUCGAUUUACUUUCUCGAUCUCGAUCUGUACUUCCUUACAAUGGAUAUGCGCAAGCGAGGGAGGCCUGAAGCUGCCUUCAAUUCUAAUGGUUCCUUUAAGAAGCAUAAGCAAGAACUGGAGUCCUUAUCAACUGUAGGGGGCAAAUCGAAGCCAUGCACCAAGUUUUUCAGCACUGCUGGUUGCCCAUUUGGUGAAAGCUGCCACUUUUUGCAUUACGUUCCUGGUGGUUAUAAUGCUGUUGCUCAAAUGAUGAAUCUUGCUCCUGUUGGUUCUCAACCAUCCAGAAAUAUGGCUGCCCCUCCUGUCUCCAACGGCGGGUCCUCUGCUCCGUCCCAAAUCAAAACUCGCAUGUGCAACAAGUUCAACAGCGCUGAAGGCUGCAAGUUCGGUGAUAAAUGUAACUUUGCCCAUGGAGAGUGGGAACUCGGGAGGCCUACCCCUCCAUCUCACGAUAAUCCCCGUGGUAUGGGAGGACAUAUGGUUGGUCGUAUGGGUGGGCGAAUGGACCUGCCACCACCAGGUCCUGCUGCAAGCUUUGGCGCUUCAGCUACUGCGAAGAUUAGUAUAGAUGCAUCCCUCGCCGGAGCGAUCAUUGGGAAGGGUGGGAUUAACUCGAAACAGAUUUGUCGCCAAACGGGUGCCAAACUCUCCAUCAGGGACCAUGAAUCAGACCCAAAUCUCAGGAACAUAGAACUGGAGGGCACUUUUGAGCAAAUUAACGAAGCAAGUGCAAUGGUGAGGGAGCUCAUUAUCACAGUUUCAAUGUCAGGACCCGGCAAAGGCCAUGGUGCGAUGGGAGGAGGAGGCCCUGCUCCUUCAGGUAGCAACUAUAAAACAAAGCUAUGUGAUAAUUUUGCAAAAGGUUCUUGUACUUUUGGUGAGAGAUGCCAUUUUGCGCACGGAGCUGCCGAGUUACGUAAGUCUGGAGUAUGAUCAAGUUCCCGAUUUUGUCGAGCUUUUAUUGUUAUAAGGGAGUUUUUGCUUUAAAGCGUGUCAUUGACGACACGAGUGCGAUAUUGAAGUUGAAGUUGAGGAGGGUUGGUGGUUCUUGUUCUUGUUAUGUUGUAGCUUUAUGAGAGUAUGUCUUGGUAUUUGUUGAUUAGAAGAUAAUUAAGUUAAAUCAUUUUCUUCGAUGUUCAUUACAUCAGAUGUUUUCAUAAUUUACAUAAUUUGG